CCCAAAGCAGAACAAAACAUAUCUCAUUUCAAUCUCUCUCUCUCUCUCUCUCUCCAUCUCAUUGAAGACACAAAACAAAAAAACUCAUCUUCUUGAAUUCAUCAAACAAUGGAACCUCAGACAAGCCAACCUGUGGUUGCAAAGAAGGCACAAAACAUAAUCCGCAUAAUUCUGUUCAUGUUGAAAGAAGGCAUAGCCAAGAGCAAACUCAUGCUAGACUUGCACUUACUCCUCAAACGUGGCAAGCUCGCUGCUGCCAAGGCCAUAGCCAACACCCUCACCCUCCACCACCACCGCCGCCACCAGCACUCCUCUGUCUCUCCCCAAGACUAUGAAUUCAGCUGCAGCAACAGCCCUGCCAUAAUGUUCCCCAUCAUCAAACGCCAUAACAAAAAAUACCACCACAGCCGCCGCCACAACCACCACUAUGAGGACAUUUCCACCGUCCAUGCGGUUCAAAAGAUGCUUGAGAUGCUCAACAAUAGUGACAAGGUUGAGGCUUCUCCACUUGUAGCAUUACCCGGGUUUGGAAAAAGUCCCAUUGGAAUUAAGCAACUCAGAAUCACUGACUCACCAUUUCCACUUAAAGAUGAAGAAGGUGAUCAUAACAACCAAGUGGAUUUGGCAGCUGAGGAAUUUAUCAAGAGGUUCUAUAAGGAUCUCAACUUGCAACAGAAAAUGGCUGCUAUUGAAUCACCUUACCAUAGAAAAUUCUGGGACAGAUGAUAAAUGUUUGGGGAAUUGGGGUCCUUUUUUUUAACUAGCACCUUGUAUAUGUUCUGUUUCCCCUGCUUGAUCAAUUGAAAAAGUCACAUGAUUGAUCUGAUUUAGUUGCAAAGGACAUUAAUUUUGUGACUUUGUUGCUUUGAUGUAGCAGGGUUUUUUUCUUGUAUCACACAGUUCAAGGAUGGAAAGGUGCUGUUGCUUAUAAUUAUUGCCACUUCCUCAUAGUGUUUUCCAGUUAUGACUGUAAUUUUGGAGUUUCUUACAACUCUGUUUUCUGUAUAUAUAUUGCAUUCCCAUUUUCUUA